GGGGCAGGAGUCGUUCCGGGAGAUUCUCCCGCGCCGAGUCAGGUCGUGAGUCUGGCUGGCGGGGGAGUGACGCAGCGCCCGGCCUGACCUUUGGCGAGACGAGGAUCGAUGCUCGAGGGUCAGGUGUCCCUGGGGUGCGUCAGCCUCGAGUGGCCGCCGUGUGAGUGAUGGCGGCAGUGUACACAGACUAGGGUUGUGGCCUGCUGAGUAGGGCUGAUCAGGUGUUGCCGCUAUGGAGCCCCGCCCACCUCGUGCCGCGGCGAGGGGUGGUGCUGCCCCUCCCCCUCCCUCAGUCGACCGCCAGGUGUCGCCCGGCCCAGCACCACUCCAGGACACGCCCUCCAGCACGCUUUGUUGACAUCGAACUGUCCUCUCGGUCAUCCCGGGACGGGCAGCGACGCGGGUGACGGCCUCGGCAAGGGCGGCGCCAGUCCUGGUGUCGGUGGCUAGGCGAGGUAGGCGUGAGUGAGCGGGCAAUGUGAGCGGAGAGAGUGUCGUGCCCGCCUCGCUGGUUUUCAGGGAAAGUGGGGUAACGCUCCUGUGUGGCCUUGGUGUAUUGUGAAAAUAUAGGCUCUACAAAAAUAUAAACGUAAACAACUGGUUUCAUAUAAAACUUUCAGUGGAAGAAACGUUUAUGCAACCUGGAGACUCCCUUGGCGAUAAAGCACAGUGACACGAAAACUGAAAACUGUGCCAAGUAAACAGUGACACUAGUGAAUCACCAUCCAGGCGGCCGAGGCUGAGAGCGUGUCUAUGGUGGUGAGUGCCAGCCGGCACCAGCCCGCCGGCACCAUGAGCCGCAUCGUCUCACCGGACCCCGCCCCCGCCCAUAACCCCUCCCCCAUCCACGCGCGGCGCCAGGCGGUCGUGGCAUAAUCGUUGUCUUCAACUCCCUACCUCUGCCCUACCAAUGAACGGCAAGUGGAAAAGAGCGCUGAGGAAGGUGAAGAAGAGGAUGGUGUUCUCCAAGUACGAGCAGGUGCUGCAGCGCAGGGACAGCGAGCGGGAUCUCGGCGAGUACCGCGAUGCUGACCUUGGGUCAGGCUCGCUCUCCGGCAGCGGCUUCGGGGCGGCCGGAGGCGGCCCUGGGGGCGUGGCAGGGGGCGGGCCUGGGGGCGGGGCAGGGGGCGGCAGCAGCAGCAGCAGCACUGGCAGUGCAGUUGUGAGGUCUCGAGGAGUGACGGGUAGCGGGGCGGGGUCAACAGCAUCAGGGGGAGGAGCUAUGGGCCCCGUGGCCAACGGGGGCGGUGCCUCGGAAACGGGCGGGGCGGCGAGGGACGGCUCCAGCACCAACGGAGGCGGGAGCGUGGGGCGGCGCGCCCAGCGCCUGCCUAGUCUUCGGUUGGCCAACGGGCGCGUGGCUGUGACGGGCCCACUGACCGGCUCGGAGGAGGAGGUGCGUUCCCCUCGCUCCGCCACACUCAAAGACGAUAUCAAGAUCUCAGUCGAGACUACCACAUGCACCGACUCGCUGGUCACCGCCGUCGAGGAUGAAACAGCCUUUGUGAACGACUGCAUCUUGCCAGAGAUGAAUUAUCGAGAUGUGAGCAAAGUGCACUUCGGAGGCGACGAUGUGUCGCUCUAUGGCACGCCGAAGGAGGAGCUGGGACCCGGGCAGCUCUGUGUUGGGGCGGCGGGAGCGACGCCCGGGUUAGAGCCUAAGCCAUCCUUCCUCAAAAACCAGCUGCAGGCGCUCUUCCAGCCCACCGACAACAGAUUAGCCAUGAAGCUCUUCGGCUCCAGGAAGGCGCUCAUGAAGGAGCGCAUCAGGCAAAAAGCUGCGGGCCACUGGAUCAUCCAUCCCUGCUCUAACUUCAGGUGAGUGUUGAAUCUGGCUUGUCUGCAGGUGUGCGGCGCAGGUAAGGAGGCGGGGGUGCUGCCUCGGCCUGGAUGUGAUGAGUGUGCAGAGACUGGAUGUUUGUGAAGAGAGGAAAAAUGCUUCAGAAGCACAAGUGACGUGAUAGUUUCAUGUUAAAGUUCCUCUCGUCGGCAACACCGUUCAUUCUCAGACACGUGCGUGAUAUGAGCUUCAUGUUAACUUUUCUUAUUGGUGACAUGUUUCCUGUGGCUUGGUUUCAUAACGGUACAA